GAGGAGGCAAUCUGCUUCCCAGUCGCCAGGGGGCGCUGUCAGAAAUUCCGUUUUUUCCUUUCCGGAUCGCGUAGCCCAGCUUGUCCAAGAGCGGCGCAUGCCCACUCGGCGGUGCCGGGCCGGUUAGAACGUAGUACACCGGGAGGGUUCCAUGUGCCGCCGGGUUCCAGAGCGGGACAUCAUGUUGUGAGAGAGAGAGAGAUGGGGGCCCGGGUGAGCCGCGUUUUUCGGAACUUCAACCUGGAAAAUCGUGCUGAGAGGGAGAUCAGCAAGGCGAAGCCGUUUGCUGCCCCCAUGCACCCCACCACCAAGUCCCUGAUUCUGGAAGAAAUCAACCGCCAUCCAGAAUUAGAGGAAAUAGUCAAAAGAAAAGAUGACAAACUGCUCACAUUGUUAAAAGAAGUUUAUGUUGACUCCAAAGAUCCUGUUCCACACGUUCGGGUGAAAGAUGCCAGUAUACCUCACUCACCGGAGCUUAGACUUCUAAAAGGCAAUCACUUUAACCUCAUGACUUCCCAGAACAUUCCCAAAGGCAAAAUUUCUGUGGUAGAGGCUCUCACUCUACUUAACAAUCAUAAACGUUCUCCUGAAACAUGGACUGCAGAAAAAAUAGCCCAGGAAUAUUAUCUAGAACUGAAAGAUGUUAAAUCCCUUCUCAUGUUUUUUGUUGCUUUUGAUGUAAAGAUCUUCCCUGCCAAUAACAAAAAGAAAGCUAUAUCUUCGAAAUGAAAGAAGCCAUCAGAAGCAUUUUCCACCAUGUCCCCCUACAUGCGCCCUUGUCCUAUUCGCCUCCUGAAUGCAUUAAAUUAUGUUAUCAUUCGGUUAAAUGAUCACAGUUCCCUCUUUGUGACUGAAAACUUUUACUUAAUAAGCAGCUAAUUGUGUCAGGCUGCUGGCUGAGCUUGAAAUGUUUUGCUGGUAUUUUGUCCUGCUAUAUUCUAUCAUGUAUAUGUCCAAAUGAGUGAUGAGCUCAACUUCAUGUGUUCCUUAGAAAUGGGAAAGGCAAGCUGUUAUUUUUAGACAUAUCAUAUGACCAUUUCUGAAACGGUCACAGUCCUUUGGGAUAUAAUUGAAAAUAUCUGUUUAAAAAUUAAAGAAAAAAAUUAUCUUCCAAUUCAGGUACAAAGUACAUUCUUCCCUGGGUUGAGGCAUUUGGCCUUAGAGGAAUGAUACUUGGAAGAAUAAUAAAAUAGCAUUUCCCAGGCCAAGAGAGUAAAAAACCAAGAUAAAAAUCAAGAAAAAAGAAUAUUAUGCUUACAAAAUUAUCUUUCAUGAUUGUUCUAGAGGAUGGAAGAGAUAAAGAGAGGUUUGAGAAUUCUGUUGAUUGCAGAAUUUUUAACAUGAAAUGUUUGAUUUCUAAAUUUUGUUACUGGAGAAUCUAAAACCUGUGACAAGUAUUAAAUCUGGAGUUUGACUAAGGAAAAGAUUUUGGUGUGGCAUGUAUGGGCAGUACCUGAAAAGUAACCACAUCUGGAUGUAAUGUUUAGCAAGGAAACUAUUUUUUUCCUCUGGAAGAUGACCUGGAGCCUAGAUUCCAAACAAAUAGUUGUGUGACCUUGGGAAGAUCAUUUAAUGGUCUCUGGCCCUUGGUGCCCACCUUUCUACAAUAAGAAAGUUGGACUGGAGAAUCAUCCCAAUAACUAGCAUAUGUAGAACACUUUAAAGAUUAUAGAACACUGUCUAUGUGUUAUGAAUAAUCUUUAAGGACAGUUCUAAUUUCAUAGUUUUGACUGAAACUGGUCAGGUGAAAGAAAAAAAUGAGAACCAGAAAGAUGUGCUUGGAAAUUUUGUUAUUGUGGAAAGAAAGUUAGAGUCAGUUAAGAGAGAAUCCCCCUUCUAACACUUAUCUAUGUGGAGAGAUAACACUCUUCAACUGUAAAAUGGAAAUUGUAAUAUUUGUGAAGCUCAAAUGAGAUGUAAAGUACUUGGCAAAGCUCAUGGUAUUAUGUAUAAAUGUCAGUUAUUUAUUGUCUGCCUUAGUUUGAAGCACUGAAUUAUGUUUAAUGGUCACUUUGAUAUUAUUAGCUAAUAGAUAUCUAGCGAUUUAAGAUCUGCAAACAUUUUAUGCAUUUUCUCUUUUGAUAAUCUCAUCUACGCUUUGAUGCUGUUAUCUGUUUUAUUGAUGAGAAACUGGAGGCUAAGACUGUGUCUUUCUUGGAGUGAACAGCUAGUAAAUAAGGCAAUUUCAUAUUUAAAUCUUAACACUCUAAAGUACAGUCACAGUGACUUCUAGAGGAUGCAUAGUGAGAGGAAUACUAACAUUUUGCACUCAGGGAUCCCUUCUAGUUUAAGAUCUAAAUAGAAAUAGUUCUCUGAUUUCAGUUUACAUAUCUGGAUUGAGGCUCAGUGACUUUAUAGUCCAGGGUCACAUUUGUAGGUCUCAUGAACCCCCAAGUCAGUUCCCAUUAGAUGAAGAAGCAAAACAGAAGGACAAGGGUGCUAUAGGGGCCAAUCAGCUAGUUAAGAAAUUGUUUGAAUCUUUUGCCAACAUUCUUUAAACUUCUGUUCUUAUUUCAUGGGGGUGAUUCUCUUCAUGAGUCCACAGAAAUUCUCCACACACACAGCAUAGGGGAAGCUUAGAAACCGUGGAGUAAAUUAUUUUUUGGAGACAGAAGAGCAAGCAAGGGAAAGGGAACCUGGAUGCAAAUUGGGAAUUUUUGAUUGAAACGAUUUUCAAGUGCACUUUUCAAAUACUCCUUAUUGCUACAUUAUGUUUGGCCAAAAACAGCACUUGUUUUCAAAAAUAACAUAGGUAUAGCUAUAAAUAUUGUCUUUAAAAACUCAUGUCAUGGAUUUACACCAACUCUGUUCUCUUAUUUUCAUUGCCCAUUCUGUUCUGUUUGAGCCAACCUGCAAAUCUAUAAAUAUAGCAUUGGUUUAACAUAUUGUGAUGAUUUCUUUCUAGGCAGCUAUAAAUACAACUGCUGCUGCUAUAUGUUAUAUAAUGUAAUAAAAGUAGUUGCUUUGUUUAUAAUAUUCAUGGAGGGGAAUGGCAUGAACUUGCUUUAUAUUGUCUCAUCAGUAUGAGAUAUCUAGCAGUGCAGUAACUUAACUGCAUCCUCAAAUUGUCUUUUUCUGAUUCUUUUCCAUUUUGCCUCAGAUUCAGAAUUGUAAUGUCAAUUUUUUUUUCAGGCCGGCAUGAAUGUAAUUAAAACUUAUCAUGCACUGGUAAUAAAUACUGUGAAAGAAAGAAAUAAAAAAAUGGCCAUAUUUAAAUGACCUAAAGGGAUUAAAAGUCACUUUUUCUCUCUUAGGAUUGUUUUGAGAAUUAAUUUUGGUCAGAGCACAACAAAUCUUGAGUUCCAGGGUCCUGGGGUGGUUGGUGUCAUGUAUUUUUGAUGUAGUUACACCAGGAACCACCAAAAAAAGGUAUUUAGUCUUCUUGUUUACCUACUUUUAAGUUCCAGUAUAAUGCCAGAUUUAAUGAAGAAGUGAUGGUAAUUUACCUGGAGAUAGACUCCUUGGGAUUUUCAAUUACCACUAAUCUAUCCUGACUUCUGUUAUAAACCUAUUUCUUUUGGGGAUAAGAUGGAAAGGAAAGGAAAGGAGUGUGUUACAUAGAGCAGGGGGAGAGCUCCUAGACUUCACUCCCAUUCUCUUUGUAACUUAAGGGACAACUUCAGCAAGCUGUCCUUGGCCUGUAUCUUUUCCAGAGAAUUUUUCAAGAUUCUAACUUGAGGCCAGCAUACCCCAAAACAUGGAGGUUAUUACUCCACUCUGCAUAGUCCACAAUUUCCCCUGCUAGGUCAUUAUUGAUGUCCUAAGGAAAUGAAUGAUGCCCUUGGGAAGGAUGAUAACAUCAACUCCACCUCUUCCACUUUAAGUAAAUAAUAUGCUAUAGAAUUUCAUAUUUGGAAGGGAUCUUAGAGGUUGUCAAUAAUCCAAUAAAUUGUGCUGUCAACUAAGGUUGACAAGAUAAACUAGUCCUUCCUGUUAAAAAUUAUCCAUCUUUGUUGAAUGGGAAACUGGUUACUCUGAGGCUACCCCUUCCCAUUUAAAGCAAGUCUGCCUCUGUCCAGUAAUUAUAUAAACAUUAUAUUAGUUCUGCUACCAAAAAAACCUAAUUCUCCUGCCAUGGAAAUUGUUCAAAUAUUUAAAAACAGUGAUCAUGUUACCUCUUAAAUUUAUCAAUCAGUCAUCAUUUAAUAGGGUUUGGGGUCCUCUUACCAUCUUAGCCUUUUGUAAACCGAAUUUGUCACUAUUCCUCUUCAUUGAUGAUGCCCAAAAUAGAAUACUGUGUUCCAGAUGUGCUUUGGCAGAUACAGCACAGUUCCUGGCACAUAACUGGUACUUACUAAAUCCUUAUUGUUAGAUUUGAUUUGCACAAAGUAUAAGAAUCUUACCUCCCUUGAUAGUGACACUGUUAUGUUAAUGGAGCUCAAGUGAAGAACUGCAGCUGCCGCAAUAACUAACAUUUACACUUUGUGUAUAUGUGGGUGUGUACAUUUAUGCAUAGAAAAAUCUAUGUUUAUGAGGGUAUCCCAAAAACUAGUGCCGUUUUAAAGUUACUGCUAGUUUAAAGUUGCAUCAAGAUUUUUGGGCUAUCCCAUUUUAUCUGAGCCUCUCAAUCAUUCAAGGUAGGACCCCAUCCUCACACACAAGACCAUGCAACUUGUAAAUAUCUGAAUCCAGACUUGAACUUAAUCAAGUGAACAAACACGUGCCAGGAAUUUAUGCAGAAUUGGGAUACAAUUAGAAGCAAAAAGAAACAGCCCCUAUCUUCAAGGCCACAUUUAAGUGACCUACAUUACAUUCUAAAUGGGAUGCAAGGUAUGUUGGCAAAUUGUACAUAAUAAAUUUGCAGUUUCAUGUGCAAUCAUUUCUAAAAAAAAAUUCUGUUAUGGAAUUGCUUGUUUUAUUUCAUAAUUUGAAAGAAAGAAAGGUGUUCUCUUAGAAGUACUACUUAAGAAGAAGAGCAUAGAGAGUCUGACUAUAAUUAUAUAACCCAAAAUAAACGGAAAAUUCCGUAUGAAUAAAGAAGUUAAGGUUAACUUACUCAAACAUGCAAGUGCCAUUCACUCUGAGCAAUUGUCUCCCUCCAAGAUAUUAUACUCCUCAUUCUGAGGAAGAUAUUACAUUAAAAAAUUCCUAGCCAGGUGCUUGGCUAGCCUAACAAUUGCAUUAUGAUACUUUCUCUAUUAUGCGACCCCCACAGAAGGGGGGGGAGGGAGAUAGACUACAUGCACUGUAGUUUUAACUCAAAAACCCUGGGAGGUGGGGGGGUGGUACAUAAAGACCUCUCUGCAUUAGGGGUUGGGCCAUUUGGUACCGAAAUGGUCUUUAAUACUGCCUUGGUAUGUGACUUUUCAAAUCCUUGGAAUAAAACUGCUUAAUUUUGUAA